GCACACCCUACAAACAGCCAUCAAACACAUAACAAUCAGCCUUCAAGCACAUAACCAACAACCUAAAAUAGCCUCCCACAAGCUACUGAUACCAACAUAUCCAACUCACCUCACCAUGCCAGCAAUGCUAGACGACCCAACCUCACCCCCCAUUCCCCUCAACCAAGCACCACCACCCACCAUCUCCUCCAAACAUAUCACGUUGAAAGAUGGCCACACCCGCGCCACUAUCCUAGCAUUCACAUCUCCCUCCCAGCCCCCACCCGCCCUAACCGCCUACCUUGCCUCGCAACUUGCCCUCGAAGUCUCAAAAGGCGACACUUACCCCAUGACCACAGCGCUGCCCGCAGAUGCCUUUGGCGCAUACUGGUUUGCCUGUUUCGCAGCUGUCAUGCUGUUGGGCGACGUCGAAAGUGUGGACGACGUUGCGGACUCGAACUGGCCGAGCAUCUGCCUAGGCAGCUUUUACGUCAAGCCAAACUACCCCGGGCGCAGCAGUCAUGUGUGUAAUGGCGGGUUUUUGGUUACGGAGGGGAGUCGGAAUCGGGGCGUGGGUAAGGCGCUGGGGCAGACGUAUCUUGAGUGGGCACCGAGAUUGGUGCGUAAACAACCCUUGUUUCUGAAGCUCCAUGUUGGUGGUGAACAGGAAUCUGUGUGGAUCGAGCUGAUUCUUACACGCAGGGUUUCACGUAUUCAGUGUUCAACCUGGUCUAUGAGACGAAUGUCGCGUCUUGUCGUAUCUGGGAUUCUUUGGGAUUCGAGAGGAUUGGGAGGGUGAGGAAAUGUGGUGUCUUGAAGAGUUAUCCUGGGAGGAAGGUGGAUGCUAUUGUUUAUGGGUAUGAUUUUGAACCGGAUGUUGAUGGGUGAAAGAUAUCCUGGUUGUGGGCUUUCUCGAUAUCAGUUUUCUGGAUUCGGUGAUGUAGUUCUGAGGACGUUGAAUAGUCCAUUGUUAUCUGUAAGACGUAUCCGUCCGUCAUGUUGGGGCGCGACAUGGCUUCCUGCAUCAUGCG